AUGGAUUCGCACCUCCAGAACGCCGCCCAGGCACCUCAGACAGCCGCUACACGCAACAUCGUCCAGCCAACGCAGGCACCCGAGGGCACCAGCGUCGCCAGAAAAAGAAGGCCAAACCUCCGGCCAGAGGCCAAGGCCGUCCUGACGGCGUGGCUGACGGAGCAUCGCCACCAUCCGUACCCCACGGAGGAGGAAAAAGAUGCCCUUGUUUGUGAGGCAGGGGUGACUCUUGCGCAGUUAAAUCAAUGGUCUGUCAACGCUCGACGGAGAAAAUUACCCAAGCUGCAACUAGAAGAUGGCUCUCCGCCAAGUGACACCACCAGCACAACCACCAGGCAACGUCGAGCGGUCGGUGAAAAUAAUCGGAACGAUCGGCGCGCUCGAUCUCAUCGUGUCGUGCUAUUGGAAGGCAGCCCAGGCAAUGUGGUCCAACUGCCUCCACCUCCCGAAGACACGAGCUACUUACUCCUGUUGGCGGACUUAACCGUAGAGCGUUUCCAGGAGUAUUCCAGUGACGGCAGCGGAGGCUCCGUCGCCGGGACUUGUUCGCCUGCUUCUUCUGCCACGAGCUCGUCUUGA